UUGUGUCAGCCGCAAAAUAAUGUGUUCUGUUUUAUUGCCACGGCCGUUAUGUUUGUAACUACCUCAGCAUAACUUUUGAAUCAUUUAAACGUAAAGCCUUUGUAAAUAUGGAGGAAGUAGAAACAGCUGAGGAGCUGUUGGCCAAACAGCAUCGCAAGGAAAAGAAAGACCUCCAAGCUAAAAUACAGAGUAUGAAAAAUGCAGUGCCCAAAAAUGACAAGAAAAGAAGGAAGCAACUUACUGAAGAUAUUGCCAAACUGGAAGCUGAGCUUAAUCAAAAACACGACGAUGAAAUUAGACAACUCCAGAAUUCAUCAGGAAACAAGAAGGUUGAUGGAGUUGCAAAUGGGAUAGAAUCCAUGGGUUUGGACAGUGAGGAGCCAGCCGAAGUCAAGCCAGUUCGGACUUCGAAGGCCCAGAAGAGGAGGGAUAAGAAGGCCGCUUUAGAGAAGGAGAGGGAUAACCGUAUUGCCGAGGCUGAGAUCGAGAACCUCUCAGGCUCUCGCCAUCAGGAGGGUCUGAAGGUCUCACAGAAGUUGGCAGAGAGGGGCCUUCAGAUCAGGGAGAUCUCUUCAGACGGGCACUGCAUGUAUCGCGCUGUGGAGGACCAGCUGGCCGGGCGGGGCGUCGGCCUGGGGCUCAAAGAGCUACGCGCUCGCACCGCCCAACACAUGAGGAGCCAUGCCGAUGAUUUCAUGCCCUUCCUCACGAACUCCAACACAGGAGACAUGUACACAGCCGAUGAGUUUGAGAAGUACUGCAGUGAUGUUGCAGACACUGCAGCAUGGGGUGGGCAGUUAGAGCUGAGAGCUCUUACUCAAGUCCUUCAGUUGCCAAUAGAGGUUAUUCAAGCAGAAUCUCCCACUAUAACGAUUGGAGAGGAAUACAGUAAACCACCAGUCGUUCUUGUUUAUAUGAGGCACGCCUAUGGACUGGGUGAACAUUAUAACUCUGUGGAGCCCCUGGGAGAGGCAGCCAAUGAAGAGGAAGGCUGAAAGUACAGUCUGCCCAGUGGCAGUUUGAUAGAACAUGAUCAAGAAUCUUUAUGUCCCCACAGGUUUGAUGCAGAAUCCUGGUCAAAAAGUGGAAUAAAGAUCUCUGAAUAGUGCUAAAGAGGAAGCUGUUUACCUUAGCCAAGUAAUGAGACUGGUGAUUAAUGUAAUUCAGUGAUAAUCAUUUCAGUAUGUGUAUAACAUUGUUGACUUAAGUUACAUAUCAACCUGGUUUGCUGCUUUUCCCCAUGCAUAUAAAGGCUACUUAGAAGACAUCUGUGUUCUUGUGUGUUGAUGGCAACAUUGUCUUGCAACACAAAAUACUUUUUCAUCCUAUCUGUCUUUUCAUUUUGAGUCUCACGUUCUCCUGUGUGCAGUUGUUUGAAAGUGAGUUUGUCUUAUCAUGUAAAAUGAAAGUCAGUGUUGGGGUUCACUGUUUUUAAUAUUUGUAUCAAAUGCAGCCAAAGCACUGUUAUCAUCAGGCUAAAGAUGAAUGAAUUUGAGAAGGCAAUUUUUCAAAUUCGUCUGUAAAAAGAGAAAGCAAUUUAUCGCCAGGCAUUUGUAUUAAAAUUUGAUUGUCUUAUUUGUGUGGCUGGAAAAUUAAAUUGGAGUAAUGCGUUUGGGAAUGAUUUGAAAGACAUGUCCACUGAAAACAUUUUAGUUUUCAUCACUGUCAAUGUAGAUCAAAACAUUACACUCUAUUCCAGUGUGAUUGCCUACCCACAACUUCUGAAUACCCAUUUUUCAUUUUAUUUUUGUUUUCUUGGUAGACUUGA